CGCCCUGCCCUCCGCGCCCGCCCCCCCGCAGCCACCACCACCACCACCGCCUCCACCGCCGCCGCCGCAGGAUCCGCGGCGCCCCCCGCGCCCGGGAUGCGGCCGGCAGCGGGGUGCCGGCUGCUGGCAGGAGCCGGGGGCAGGCGGGCGGGGAGGUGGGCUCCGACCUCCGCCCGCCGCCGCGGCGGGGAUUAGGCUCCGUCUCGCCCGGCUGCCAUGAGGGGCGGCGGGGCCGGGGCGGCGGGGCCCGGCGGGCGGUAGGCGGGCGGCGGGCGCGGAGCCGCCGGAGCUCUCCAGGGUGCUGAGCCGAUGCUGAGCGCCACCUCCGGCAGCAUGGGCCGGGCGCGGUACCUCCGCGCCGCCGUCUCGGGGUUUUACCUGUGGGAAGCCGCGGUUCUGCUCAGCUUGGUAGCCACAAAGGAAACAGACAGUGCAAGAUCUCGUAGCAUGCCAAUGUCACCAUCUGAUUUCCUGGAUAAGCUAAUGGGUAGGAUGUCGGGCUACGAUGCAAGGAUAAGACCAAAUUUCAAAGGUCCUCCAGUUAAUGUCACAUGCAACAUAUUUAUAAACAGCUUUGGAUCCAUUGCAGAGACAACCAUGGAUUACCGAGUGAACAUCUUUCUCCGCCAGAAUUGGAAUGAUCCACGACUUGCAUACAGUGAAUAUCCAGAUGACUCUUUAGACUUAGAUCCAUCCAUGCUGGAUUCAAUUUGGAAACCUGAUUUGUUCUUUGCUAAUGAAAAAGGUGCCAACUUUCAUGAAGUUACAACAGAUAAUAAGUUACUGAGAAUUUUCAAAAAUGGAAAUGUACUUUAUUCCAUCAGAUUGACUUUAAUACUGUCCUGUCCAAUGGAUCUCAAAAAUUUUCCAAUGGAUGUGCAAACAUGUAUAAUGCAGCUGGAAAGCUUUGGAUACACGAUGAAUGAUCUCAUUUUUGAAUGGCAAGAAAAGGGAGCAGUUCAAGUAGCAGAAGGUCUCACUCUGCCACAGUUUCUCUUGAAAGAAGAAAAGGAUUUAUGUUACUGCACCAAGCAUUAUAAUACAGGAAAAUUCACAUGCAUUGAAGUCCGAUUUCACCUUGAGAGGCAGAUGGGUUACUAUCUCAUCCAGAUGUACAUACCAAGUCUCUUGAUCGUCAUUCUCUCCUGGGUGUCAUUUUGGAUCAAUAUGGAUGCAGCUCCAGCCAGAGUGGCGUUAGGCAUAACAACUGUACUGACCAUGACAACACAAAGCUCAGGUUCACGAGCAUCACUUCCAAAGGUGUCAUAUGUCAAAGCAAUUGACAUCUGGAUGGCUGUGUGUCUGCUCUUUGUAUUUUCUGCACUUUUGGAAUAUGCAGCUGUAAACUUUGUGUCAAGGCAACAUAAAGAACUUCUGCGAUUCCGACGGAAGAGGAAGAAGAACAAGUAUUUUGAGGGAGUUCUUGAUGGAAAUGAAAUCAAUGAAUCAUUGCAACAUAGCAAUGGCUUGAGAUGUGCAGGACCUAUAGACGGGACUUUGCCUCAAAUCUACAGUACAAAUUUAAGGGAUGAUGAUGUACGGGAAAGCCAAUUCAGUUUUACAGCAGCAUAUGGAAUGGGGCCAUGUCUUCAAGCAAAAGAUGGAGUAUCACAGAAGGGGCCUAAUAAUCCUGCUCAAGCUACACCAAAGAGCCCUGAUGAGAUGAGAAAGGUAUUCAUCGACCGAGCCAAGAAGAUAGACACAAUUUCCAGAGCUUGUUUCCCAUUAGCCUUUCUGAUUUUCAAUAUUUUUUACUGGGUAAUUUACAAAAUCAUCAGGCAUGAAGACAUUCACCAGUAACAAGGGGCUUGCAGUCUAUACAGAUCCUGCCGUGAUCAACAGGAGGCCUUCUGUUAGGAGACUAAGUGAGGAGCAAUUGGGAGACCUAAAAAUCCUGCAUGGAUUGCAAUAUCCAGCCAGAGUGGAAUAGAAGACUGACAACAAAGACACAUCUGCUGCUGCAAACAUUCUGUGUCAAACUAAACAUUAAGUCAUUGUAAAUCACUCUCUACUGAAGCUUUACUGCCAAGUGUUUAUACAUACUGUUACAUAGUGGUACAAUUGUACAGUACUAAAAAAAAAAAAAAAAGGAUCCAGCAUACUCUAGGUAAAAUCCCACCUUUAUUUCAAUUUUAAAGCAUAAAGACAAAUUACUUAUUUGAAUUUAGAUUUUUAAGGACUUGUCUUAAGGACAGGAUCUGAGGUUUUGCAAUGAGCACAGUUGGCACAUUUAACUUGUAUAAUUUAUUCAAUAAAUUUCAUAUUAUCAAUUCCCUGGAAAGUGUGUGUUGAAAUAAUCUCAGCCAGCCCAAGGUAUUUACAGCAUGAUAGUCUGCUUAUCACAUGGAAAAUAUAUCAACUUUUGCAAAGUAUUGAUUCCUCUAAAGGACUUUUUCUUUCUUGUAAUUACCUACAAUUUGAUAACUGAAUCUUUUUAAAAUCCUUUUUAUAUGUUCAAAGUUUUUUCUUAAUUGAUAAAACUCAUAAAGCAUUGGAGAUAGACAAACUACAACAAAAUUUUGCAAUGCUUUAUAUUAAUUCAGUGCAAACAGAUCUUGAACCAAAACUAAAAGCAAAUAAUCAACUGCUUCACCUGAAAUAUUAGGAGGAUGGGUACACCUCUGUUUAUCGAUAUAGAUUUCCUAUAUGUUAUAUAUGUCACAGAAGGUUGAAUUUAAGAGUGCAUCAAGUUUUCUGUAGCAUUCUUUGAAGUAUAUUUAUAUGAUUUAGAUAUUAAGAAGUACUUCAAAACUUUUUAAAAAAUUGUAACUCUUCUGAAACAUGAAAAAGGAUCUGAAUGGUCUUUUGCAUUUAUUGCACUUCAUAUAACAAAUAGGAUAAAAACUGUUAGAACUCGGACAUUUUCCCUUUUUAGUAUUAAAUAAGUCACAUAAGUGUUUUU